UACCGCUUCGUGAAGCAAAUUUUACUGUCGAUAACUGAAAUUAUCACGUAAAAAAAUGUUUAUUCAAGAUCAAGACUUAAACAAUGUAGUAGACACAAUUCUACGACACAUGACAUCGUAUGAUCUUAGUAAAAUGUAAAAUCAUCUCUACAGACAUGUCGCCGGUUGUAUUUAUAUUCGUAAUUAAAGGAUAAGUGUAUGAAGAGAAGAAUAGAAUGGCUAGAAGUGUGGAGAUAAGUUCUGAAAAGGAGUACAGUGAAAAAGAUAGUUUUACUACUGAAAGGGCGAGAGUGUGGCCACAAGUUCUAGCGUGUCUUAUAGCCAGUUUGGGAGCAUUCACACAAGGUAUCCUCUUCUCAUGGACAUCUCCGUUUAUAGUAAAAAUAGCCCAGGAUAAAGUAAACUAUAACAUAUCAGAAGAAGAAGCUGCCCGUUUACCAACCAUCCAACCUCUUACGGUGCUGCUAACCUCCUUGAUAUUCUUCAAGCUCCCCGACAUCAUCGGAAGAAAGAAGACACUGCUUCUUAUCAGCAUUCCGCAUAUACUAUCUUUUAUAACUGCAGCUGUAGCUAGAAGCAUAUAUGUGUUUUAUUUGUCAAGGGUUUUUUCAGGUCUAGCUAAUGGCUUCUUGUGGACAGCGUUGCCGAUGUAUAUCGGCGAAGUUACUUGUCCCAAGAUACGAGGUCUUUGUGGGACGUUAAUAACAACAGCUAUCUUUGUAGGGCAAUUAGCUGUGAAUGUGGUGGGGAGCUAUUGCGAUGUUGCCACAACUUCCUAUAUUUUUAUGCCAGUAUCGAUAUUGUUUGUCAUUCUGUUUGCAUUUAUGCCAGAAACACCGUAUUACUAUCUGAUAAAGAAAGACUAUGGAGCUGCUAGAAGAUCUUUAAUAUUUCUAACACGAAAGAAAAAUGUAGUCGAUGACUUGAACAAUCUGAAGAGUGACGUUGAUCGGCAAAUGUCAGAGACAGGAACAUGGAAAGACCUGGUCGUAAUUGAAAGCAACAGGAACGCGUUGUUUUGUGCAGUUUUUCUGAGAGUGUCUCAAUCCUACAGUGGUAUAUCAGUUUUUAUCCAAUACACUCAAUACAUCUUCUUAAAAGCUGGAGGGAAUGUAUCUCCCCAGAUGGCUUCUAUUAUCUACAGUAUUCUUUGCGUCGUUAUUACUUUAUUAGUAACAUUAUUCGUAGUUUCUAAAUUCGGGAGGAAACCUCUAUACUCAAAUUCCUCAGCCCUAUGCUCCAUAAUACUUGCUGUAAUGGCUGUGUAUUUUUAUUUAGAACAAUUCGUGCCAACAUUUGACAUAUCGUCUUUGAGCUGGCUACCAAUUACAUCACUAGUUACCUAUCAGGUUUGUUCCUGUUUCGGUGUAGCUAUAAUACCUAGUAUUAUGCUAGGAGAGCUUUUCUCAGCAAGCGUUAAGUCCAAAGCUGUAGCAACGAUGACAUUCGUUAAUAGUGGUGGGAUAUUCCUAGCAAACGCUACUUUUAACUUUUUAAGUUCAGUAGGGGGAAGUUACGCUCCUUUUCUAUUUUUCGCAAUCUGUACAGCUGCAACAGCUGUAGUUACAAGAUUUGUGGUUCCAGAAACAAAGGAUAAGACUUUGGAAGAAAUUCAAAUGAAUCUCAAAAAAUCAGUUGAGAACGAGAGCGUAUAAAUUUUGUAUAAUAAAGUUUUUAUAAAGUC